UUCAUGACUCAUUUAACAGGAAGUCAAGACUUACUUUCUUAUUUUAACCUGAUACCCAUCUACAAUAAAGUAGUCAAAGCCAAUCAAGGCAUCGAACUGGAUCCUUCACUUGCUAAAUACAUUUCAGAUCUACCUGGUCGAUUGGAUAUUGAUUAUGAUGGUUAUCUGUUCAACUUAUUACGUGAUCCUCAAGCAGUCGAAUCAGGUCCUUCCAUCAAGACAUUAGAUGCAGAAACACUCAGAGACGCGUUUUCAUUAAAAGAAGGACCUAUUCCAGGUGUAAUGUCGUGUUGCGAAUAACAUCAUGGACUUAUCGUAUUUUGUUUAGUUUGAUGCUUCUGUAUUAGGCACAGAUGAUAAUUCAGUAGGCACUCAUACCAUGGAUCCUACUAUCACAGAUAUCGAUUAUAAUGGAGAAAGAAAACACAAGAAAAAGAAAAAGAAGAGAAAGCAUGACCAUGACCAUGAUGAAGACCGUCAUGGGGAUCAUAAAAAGAAAAAGAAAAAGAAGAGGGACAAGGAAAAAAGAGAAGAGAAUGAG